GCUGCAUUCAGAUCGAUAGUCGGCAAGCGUGGCGUUAGACAGCGACCGCUACAGUUGCAGGUUGAAACGGACCCCACCUAAACGCUGAUGGGUUUUUAUAGCAACGAUUUUUCGAAGCAGAAACGUGUCAAGAUGGAGUCGCACCUGGACAAGUAUAUUAAGAUUGCCGCUGUCGUUUUGGCAUACUGGUUUAUAUCAAUUUCUAUGGUGUUUGUGAAUAAAUACCUCCUCAGCAGUGAUGAUCUGAAGCUUAAUGCCCCACUGUUCAUCACAUGGUUUCAAUGUGUAAUGACAGUGGGUCUAUGUAUAGCACUUAGUUUUGGCAGUCAUCUGGUUCCAAGUUUAGUCCACUUUCCACCAGCCAAGAUCGAUCUCCGCCUGUGCAGAGCUACCUUGCCACUUUCCAUCAUUUUCGUGUGCAUGAUCUCUUUCAACAACCUUUGUCUGAAGUACGUUGGAGUGUCAUUUUACUAUGUUGGACGCUCACUGACAACAGUCUUCAAUGUGAUCUUUACAUACCUGCUGCUGGGUCAAACCACCUCUUUCCAGGCCAUCCUUUGCUGUCUCGUCAUCAUCGGUGGAUUCUUUCUGGGGGUGGACCAGGAAGGAGCUGCAGGGUCGCUGUCUCUGGUUGGUGUUGUGUUUGGAGUGGCAGCAAGUGCCAGUGUUGCCCUCAAUGCCAUUUUCACCAAGAAGGUCUUGCCACUUGUUGAUAACAAUGUUUGGCGCCUAACACUUUAUAACAACAUCAAUGCAUCAGUCCUGUUCCUGCCAAUGAUGGUGAUUUUUGGUGAAGUGGGAGAAGUUAUUCACUUUCCCAAGCUGUCCAGCCUGGUUUUCUGGAACAUGAUGCUGGUCAGCGGACUCUUUGGAUUUGCCAUAGGCUAUGUGACUGGGCUUCAGAUUCAGGUGACGUCACCAUUGACACAUAACAUCUCAGGUACUGCCAAGGCGUGUGCACAAACAGUCAUUGCAUGCAUUUAUUACACGGAAAUCAAGCCAGUCCUGUGGUGGGUAUCAAACGUCGUGGUGCUUCUGGGUUCAGCUGGAUACACAGAGGUUAGACGUCGAGAGAUGACAGUGCAGCAGAAGGUGCUAGAAGCAACACGAGACAGUGAAAAAGAGAACGAGAUCAAAGUUAACAGUGCUGAGGAGAAGCGCUCUGUUGUAUAGUUCACCUUUUCAGGAAGUAGAUUCUACUUAUCAUAUGGGCAAAAAUACGCAGUACUCUAUGGACUAUGUCAACUGGGGAAACCCUUGCACUUACAACAGGCUCAUGCAAAUCAUCGUUGGAAGAAGAAGCAUUAUGUUUAGCUGUGAUAGCUGUACUUUACACUUGCACUAGAUAUCUAUUUCACUGUUACUGUGGGUUAUACAUGAUGAACAAAUCAUGAAUUGUGCCAUAAAAGGUUAUCAGUCUCUUGGGAGGAGAAUUCACAUUCAAGGGAAAUAAUUCACUAGGCCAAAAUAUAAAAAUAGGACUGGCAUACAUUUAAAAGUAAUAAACAACCUAUAAAGUUUUAGAAAAGUUUCAGGAAUGAAAGUGGCCUUGAUCAGACCACACACUUUACUUUUAUCUUUGGAACUUUGGGCAGGUAGGGUUAUGGGUUUGAAGAGUGUGUAAGUAUAGUACAGGUUAAGUCAGAUCACAUAAUACAAAAUUUCAUUACUUUUCUACUGCUAUUGAUAACUAAAGAUGAUGUGGGAGAACGCAUACAUAUGUGCCUGAAUAUUUUUUUUUUUUUUUCUUUUUGGUCUGAAAGACAUUUUAUUAACAUAGCUGGAAAGAGAUGUUGGUCUUGAAAGCACAUAUUGUUUUGUGUAAUUGUUAACAAGUUUAUGAAAGAGUGUAUUGUGUCACACAUUCCACUGCAAACCUUUUUUUACUUGACUUUUUUUUUUACUCCUCUUCUUAUAAGGUUUGUUUAGUCUCCUGGGAAGUGGAAGUGGGUUCAGGUUUUUAGAAUACCAUUCUUGCACAGAUCCUAACAGCAUAGAAAUUCUUUUUAAAAAUUAACAUUAAAUUGAGGUACUUGUUGCUAAAAAUUGCUUCAAGCAUUUUUGUGCUAGAUUUUUUUUUUUAAUGUAAAAGAUUUGUGUCGUACACACUCAGUAACAACCAGUCUUGUAGUUUGAGGAUGCAAUAAGCUAUACUAAGAUUUCAUGAGUUACAUUCUUUACAUUCAUAUAAAACUGAGUGUGCAUGAUUUAUGACUAGGUAAUCUGCAAAUUUUUUUUUUCUUUUUUUCAUUUGUUUGCUUUUUGUUGUUUCAUAGUACCAGUGAGUUGACUAACCUUCUGAAAGGGCAGGCUUUACCCUUGAGGGUGCAAAUCAGGAUAAGAGACAAUCAAGCUACUUUUUUUAAGAAGAAAGUGAUGAAAGUAAUGUUCAUUCAAUGCUUGCUUAUACACACGGAUAUACUAUACUAUAGGAGCAGAUAUACAGAAGAAACCAUUUUUGACAAUGUUUGAAGGUGACCUAUCUUACACUUUCUCAGCAGAAACGUAAUUGUUUGGCUUUUAUAUAUGAUCAAUUACUUUGUUUGACAUUGUGAUGGAUGUAAUUGCCACUGGGUUGUCUCCUUUUUUUCCUGAUUUUGUGUUCAAGAAAGGCUAUACUUUUGUAUAUAUCUCUUGGGAAGACUUCUUUAACAAAAAAUGUGAGCAUGUUAUGUUGGUUCAUGUCAUGAACUAACAAGAAUGAGUGAAAUAUGAAAUGCCAUUUCCCUAUCUGUGAUGAGCUGCAUGCUUUGCAUUCUGCAUAACCAAUAUGCUGCUGGGUGAGUUGUUUCAAAAACAUUAUUUAAUAGAUUGUCUACAUAUGGAGGGAUCAUAAAUCUGUCAUUUAUUUUGCAGAAUAUAUUAUCUACAGCCAUUCAGGUAAAUGCCCACAUUCAUGGCCUUCAUCAUUUGUUCAACAUAAGUUCUGUAAUUUAGUCUGGGCAGCCGUUAUAUCACUGAAUCAUCUUAAAAGAACAGAUAACAAAAUUGCAAAUCCAGGGCUGAAUAAAUACAAAUCUGCCCUUUCACUGUGGAUGCAUGGACGUGUGAAAGGACGUAUAAUACCAUUUGUGCAUGUACACUAAGCAUGUUCUGUAAGGACAUUUUGAGUGUGUAUACAUUAUAUAAAAUGCUUUGUGUAUACAUGUGUAAGAGUGAGAGAGUUCACAGAAAAAAUCUUUGCUGCUUGGGAUUUUAGUGAAGUCGUGUACAUUUACCUCUUGGAGUUUUGGAGAGAAAACUGAUCUCUUUAUCAUGCAAAUUACCAGUUUGAUAGUUCAGUCUGUACUUUUAUCGUGCAAGAUUUAUUUUAUUUAUUUUCAGCGUAGGCAUACAGGCACAUAUGCAAUCCACAGGUACUGACGUUGGGCACUUAUAUCUAACAUAUUACUUGGUCCUCUUUGUCCGUGUGUGGUACAUAAGGCAUCCACCAUUUUUUUUCCAUCAAGUUUAGAUAUGUUGUUCCAUGUCAGUUUCUGCUCUUUUAGUGCUCAUCUAACAUAUUAAUCAAAUCACAAUUUUGUUUAAUUAAAUAAUUUUUUCUGUGCUCAGAAGAAUGCAUCUUCAACAUUCGCAAGUUCCAUAAAACCAGGACCAUAGCAACAUUAUUCUGUCUUAAAAAGAUUGUUGUCAUACGGUUUGAAUCUAGUACUAGUACUUAUUUAUGAACUUUAAGAACAUAAGCAUGUGCUGCUGUCCUGAUUCACAGGGUUUCAAAACACCAUGAAGUGUUGCAAAUCUGGAUAUGUGACACUGAUUCUUUGCUCGUUACAAACCAGUUUAAAGUGUGGGUGUAUAAAUAUAGUUGGUGGAACCAGGGAGAAAAACCAGCAAAUACUGGUAUUGUAUAUUCAUUUUGAGGGUCAGAUUUUUUAUUCACGUGGUUGUAAUAAUAAAUUUUAAAAUGGUGUGUUUUGUUGUAAGUCGUGUUUUAUGCAUGUAGCACUAUAAAACAGAAUUUUAUACUCGCCAAUGCAUUAUAAAGAUUUAUUACUUUUAGCUGCCAUCUAUUGACCUGUAGAAAGAAAGACAUUCGUGAAUUACAUCUAAAUUUUUUAAAGAAAAUCUUUAUUAAAAAUGUGUGGUGAAAUCUCUCAAGUGAAUUUAGCCAUUACUGAACAUUACAUCCAGUGAUGUACACUUUUAUAUCCAUAUUACAUAGGCCCACAUGUAGCAGUUUACAUUCUCUGGUCACAGAUAAGACAAGAAACCAGUCUUCUGUACACUGAAAUAAUAAAUGAGGACCUAAUCUCAA